CGGCGAGAAAUUGCAAGAGAGAUUUUUUGUGGGCCGACAAAAUAUCAAUUGAAGUGAAGAAAUUGUACUUAUCGCGCGACAAUCCACGGCGAGUGUCUCGAGUGCCGGUGAUAAAGCCUCAGUGAGUGUCUGUGCGGAGGCGUGAGUAAGAGGCAACUGAGACAAUGGAGGCAAUUUCGGGAAUUUGGAAGUUUAUCAGCUACUGGUGGUUCAGAUGGUCACUCGUCACGGAGAUGUACAUGGUGGAGAAGUGGGAGAGAAUCACCAUGAAUUGUCUCUUUGUCGUUCUCUUUCUAGCCUUCUGGUACUUCAACUACAAGGUCUUUCUCUCAUUCACCACACACCUCACGGCCUCCCUCAUUUGGGGCGACAGCGGCGCCGGCAAGGCGGACUCCGCGGUCGCCGGGAAUCUCUGAGACCAACUGAUCCACUCCGCGCCAGCUUCCUCCACAUUCUCUUCACCUCUGAACAGACGGGAAAUUCGUAAAUAAACCACGAGAUAAACACUCA